AUGGGGGGUUCUUCAAUCGUUCUCUUGCAAGAAAGAUUCAGGCAAUUGCAGAGGGCGAGAGAGCAAAGAGAGAUGAGGGAGCUGAAGCUUUUCUUCGACCCUCCUCCUCAUCAACUCAUGGCCCCGGACUUGCAACAAAAGAUGGGUUUUUCUUCAGAGGCAGUUGAUCAAGAAGCACUCUCACUCGGGCUCACCUUGUGCAACAACAAGCCAGAAUCUCGAGCUUUCAAUGAACAACAUCAACCACCCCUAUGGUCAGCCAACCCCAACAGAACCACCCUGAACACACUACAUAAGAUUGAAAACUAUGAUGUUGAUACUUCUCUGCAUCUUUAG